UCUUAACUCCAUAUAAACCCUGCUGUUCAAUGGAAAUUCGCCAUUUUCUCUUUCUAUACAUUUCUCUCUCUUUCUUCCUCAAUCUUUAGAGGUUUUUUUUUUCUCAAGAUUAGGGGAUUAAUUGAAGGUUAAGAAAAGAUGUCAAAUCUAUCCAGAGAUAGGCUAGCGAGACCAGUUGAUAUCUCUACACUCUACAAUGGGGCUGCCCGGAGGGUUGACCUAAUUGUAGAAAUUCCUGGGCUGCGGUGGGCUGGGUUAUCAGGAACUGGGCCUCGAAACCGUAGUGAUUCGAAUAGAUUAUCAGUUGGAGUACAAGGAGGUCGAUGGCGAGGACGAGGAUGGCAAUACCAGCGGCCAUUGGUGGUUGAUCAGGAGAACAGAACUCCUACGACAAUGGUGAGGCGCAAUGGUGGUGACCGUGGACGGCGGAGUUUGUUACCGGCUUGGUACCCAAGAACACCUCUCAGGGACAUCACUGCUAUAGUGAGGGCCAUUGAAACAAGGAGGGCUGAACGGGAUCAAAUAACACAAGAAGCUGCACAACAAAACACCAAUGCAGAAGCAGAGGCUGCAUCAGAUUCCGAGCUUGAUCAACAAAUCGGCUCCCAAACUCCACUACCAACUAUUUCUCGAAACCCAAAGCCUUCCACCGCCUCUCAAUCAUGGAAGACACCCAAAAUUGCUGAUAAAAACGAGUACAACCCCGAUUUCAUGACUCCUCAGAAAAUCCUCCUCAAUUCAAUAGAAAAGGUGAGGGAAGCAUGGCUGGUUGAUCAGAAGAAGCUAGCCAGAACACCUGCUGCCAAAAGGGCAGAACGAGAGCAGAAGGUGCGAGUCUUGAUGUCCAUGAGAUGAUCAUCAAAAAAAUGGGUAUGUGAAAUUCAUACAUUUUUGAGAUCAGAGUGAAGGAAAAGAGCAGAAAAGAAGAGAAUGGCCCCUAGGAUAUCAUCUUCUGAUGAUUCCAUAUCCUACUAAUACAUCAUCAUCUGAUGAUGACAUACAUAUACUAGUAUAGUCAUAGACAAUAUUUCCUUUUGGCUAUGUUUGUUUUUAGCUAAUGCUUGUUAGCCUCGCAGCUCACAUUUUAGUGCGAUCUUCAAUUCUAUAGAAGAUUGCAGUACAAGUAAUACAGCUUCGUACAUAGUAGUUAUAUCAGCUGUUAGGCUAUAGCGCGACACUGUCAUUGACUCAUUGUAGUGUUAGCUGACCGGCCAGUUUUGCAUCUUCGGCUGCAAAUAUCUAGCAUUAGAACUAUUUGUGCAGCUUACGAAUUGACUCCUCGUAUAUGCUGUCAGACCUGUUUUUGAUUGUAUAAGAUACAAUGUAGAAUAAUUCUUACUGUCAGUCAAGAACUAAUUGAUGUUAAUCUGUCAGUUUUUGAUUCUGUUUUUUUCUAUAUUUAUCUCAGAGAUGUUGAUUCUUGCGGGAAAUCUUCCUACCACAAUGAGCUUUAAUGCUUUAUACUACUCUUGUAGGGUGUGGCCAUUAACUAGAGGAACCAAUCCAUAUUGUACAUCAUCAACACCUUUUGAAUAUAGUGUAUAUAUUGAAUUUCGUACAUAGCAUGUUUCAUCUUUUUGGGUAUAUAACAAUUGUAAAGUGUAUCACCGAACAUUUUAUUACCCUAAUGAUGUUAC